GUAGGGAACCCCGCGCGCUGUGUCCAAGUGAGUGAAUGUGGGGCUCUUUCUGAAGGCAUAACUAUCUGGAGUAAAGGCAGAAGGAGGCCAAACAAAAAAAAAGUACUUUUACUCCAAUUUGAGACAUUUUUAUCUACAACUCACCGCAAAAGAUACUCAAUCAAACGAUUUGGAAGUCGUUUAUCGUGAAUUUUUUGGUGGAAAAGCUCAGUGAAAAAAAAAGCUAUGUGAAGUGAGAAAAUACAUAUUGUGGAUACUUUUUCCUUUGUGGUGCCACCGUUUUUUUUUCUCUCUCUAAGUUUUCCUUCUUCUUUUUCGCUGUUAUUAUGUGGCAUACAUUAAACCAAGUCAAUGGUUCUGUGUGUGUAUUGACCGGAUUUUAAUUUAUGCAAAUAUAUUGUAAAGUGUUGUGCAAUGUGAUGAUUUUGCACAUGAGAGCAAUCCCAGAGGAUUUAUAGUGGAUACAUCCGAGGAUGGGGAAUCCUUUGGAGGAUAUGUGAUUGUUUCGUUCUUCAGUUGAGUUUAAAUGUGAAAGUGUUACUUUUUUUUGUUGUUAUUGUUUUGAAAGCUAAACAGGGGAGGAGUACCUUGAGGGUGUGUCGCCUGCAAGAGAGUCAAUACAGCCAAGACUCAAAAUGCCAGGCGGAAGACGUGGUUUGGUAGCUCCGCAGAAUACAUUUUUGGAGAAUAUCAUCAGGAGAUCCAAUUCCCAGCCCGAUAGCUCCUUCCUCCUGGCAAAUGCUCAAAUUGUGGACUUUCCAAUAGUCUACUGCAAUGAAUCAUUUUGCAAAAUUAGUGGCUACAAUCGGGCGGAAGUCAUGCAAAAAUCAUGCCGCUGUGGUUUCAUGUAUGGUGAAUUGACGGAUAAGGAGACUGUGGCUAGAUUGGAGUAUUCGCUGGAGAAUCAGCAGCACGACCAAUUCGAAGUGUUGCUUUACAAGAAAAACAUUUCAAGCACCAAACAUCCAACAGCAAAAACCACGAUUAAUAAAACACCACUAUGGCUCCUGCUACAGAUUGCCCCCAUAAGGAACGAGCGAGAUCUCGUGGUGCUAUUUUUGCUCACAUUCCGCGAUAUCACAGCACUGAAGCAGCCCAUCGACAGCGAAGAUACAAAGGGUGGUCUCUCCAAAUUCGCCAAACUGGCACGAUCCGUCACAAGAAGUCGCCAAUUCACUGCACAUCUUCCAGCACUCAAAGACCCCACGAAACAAUCACAUUUGGCUCACAUGAUGUCACUCAGUGCAGAUGUGAUGCCACAGUAUCGGCAGGAAGCUCCCAAAACACCACCACACAUUCUCCUCCAUUAUUGUGCAUUUAAAGCAAUUUGGGAUUGGGUGAUACUAUGUUUAACUUUUUAUACUGCUAUUAUGGUACCAUAUAACGUAGCCUUCAAGAAUAAAACCUCAGAGGAUGUGUCACUCUUAGUGGUUGACUCAAUUGUAGAUGUUAUAUUUUUCAUAGAUAUUGUAUUAAAUUUUCACACUACGUUUGUGGGGCCCGGCGGAGAGGUGGUGAGCGACCCCAAGGUGAUACGAAUGAACUACUUGAAGUCGUGGUUCAUCAUCGAUUUACUCAGUUGCUUGCCUUACGACGUCUUCAAUGCAUUUGAUCACGAUGAUGAUGGUAUCGGCUCCCUGUUCAGCGCUCUCAAAGUCGUUCGAUUGUUGCGACUGGGACGAGUCGUACGGAAAUUGGAUAGAUAUCUCGAAUACGGAGCAGCCAUGCUGAUUCUACUGCUGUGCUUCUAUAUGCUAGUUGCCCACUGGCUUGCCUGUAUUUGGUAUUCUAUUGGCCGGAGUGAUGCAGACAAUGGGAUUCAAUUUAGUUGGUUAUGGAAGUUGGCAAAUGUCACCCAAAGUCCUUAUUCGUACAUUUGGUCAAAUGAAACGAAUGCCCCGGAGCUCAUCAAUGGACCAUCACGAAAGACCAUGUAUGUCACAGCCCUCUACUUCACAAUGACAUGCAUGACUUCGGUGGGUUUCGGAAAUGUCGCCGCCGAGACGGACAACGAGAAGGUGUUCACCAUCUGCAUGAUGAUAAUUGCAGCCCUGCUCUACGCGACAAUCUUUGGUCAUGUUACCACCAUCAUUCAGCAAAUGACAUCCGCCACGGCCAAGUAUCAUGACAUGUUAAACAACGUAAGGGAGUUCAUGAAGCUCCAUGAAGUCCCCAAGGCGCUGAGUGAGCGUGUCAUGGAUUACGUGGUCUCAACGUGGGCCAUGACAAAAGGCCUCGACACAGAGAAGAUUGACACGCAGGUCCUCAACUACUGCCCCAAAGACAUGAAGGCCGACAUCUGUGUCCACCUCAAUCGGAAGGUCUUCAACGAGCAUCCGGCUUUCCGGCUUGCCUCCGAUGGGUGUCUCCGUGCGCUCGCCAUGCACUUCAUGAUGUCCCACUCAGCACCCGGAGAUCUCCUUUAUCACACGGGCGAGAGUAUUGAUAGUCUAUGCUUCAUUGUGACGGGGAGUCUCGAGGUAAUUCAGGACGAUGAGGUUGUUGCAAUAUUAGGCAAGGGUGAUGUCUUCGGUGAUCAAUUUUGGAAGGAUUCUGCCGUUGGACAGAGUGCCGCAAAUGUGCGUGCACUCACAUAUUGUGAUUUGCAUGCAAUUAAACGCGACAAGCUACUCGAAGUACUGGACUUCUAUCAGGCCUUUGCAAAUAGCUUCGCAAGAAAUUUAGUUUUAACUUAUAAUUUAAGACAUCGCCUUAUAUUUAGAAAAGUAGCUGACGUAAAGAGGGAGAAGGAAUUGGCGGAGAGACGCAAAAAUGAGCCGCAACUUGCUACAAAUCAAGAUCACUUGGUGCGAAAGAUUUUUUCCAAGUUCCGGCGGACACCACAGGCAACAUCUGGGUCAAAAGACGGAAAUACGACCCAGAGUGACGCCGAAAAGGGUGACGCUGAACCGGAUCGUGGGAAGCUUCCUGCUAAGCUUACGCUUACGGAUGAUAGUCGUGUUCUGACCGCUGUGCCAUCGCCUUCACCAUCACCCUCACCCUCCUCGGGGCCACCAUCGGCGCGUGGCACCAGGGCGAGUAAGUGGGGACGUCUUCUGGGAAGCUCCAGUGUGGAUUCUGCAAGUGACACGAGUACCAAAGUUGCAGUAUCGCGGAGUCUCAGUGCCAGAGAGAGUCUUCGUGAAAGUGCCCAGGGGCGGCAAAGUAGCACAUCUAGCAGCAAUGGUGGGCAAGGAAAUAAGGUAUUUCCAAAGACGCCAAAAUUGUCUCCGAGUCCAGCAUCUCUUGCGCGUCAGGAUACAAUUGAUGAGGGUGGUGAGGUGGAUCCCUCACCGCCGAGGGAUAGGCCACCAUUGCAUGUGGAACGAGAGCAGCGUUCUUCACUGGAGCGACAACCAACGGAACGCGAUAGGUUGUUGGAUCCAGCACUGAUGGCACAGAAGGAACGAGAACGCUUGGAGAGGAAUCUGUCGUUGGAGCGGGAGCGCCAGAUCGAGAUGGCUUGCUCCCGUGCCACAACAUCGGAUACCUACGAUUCGGGCUUGAGGGAGCAACCACCGACACUGGCACAGCGGGAUCUUAUUGCAACGGUGCUAGACAUGAAGGUGGAUGUACGAUUGGAGAUGCAGCGAAUGUCACAGCGAAUAGGAAAGAUUGAGGAUCUCUUAGCUGAAUUGGUGAAGCGUCUUUCACAUGAAACAACCACAUCGGGUGGAAGUUCCCCCGCGAGUGCAGCACUCGAGGAAGUCGGUCCAAUCCCUGUAAUUCCCACGACAAUCUCCACGGGGACAAUCAUAGCGAGUGUAGUACCGUCGCCGAGUACAAGUGGUGGUUCCAUGGCCACAGUCGUCAAUCCCAGUUCAAGUGGGGCUGGUUCGGGGGGCAAUGGACUGGGUCCGAUCCUGCUCCGAAAGCGACGCUCCAAGAGCAGGAAGGCCCCGCCGCCCCCCAAACAGAGUCCUGAGCAAACGCGACUGCUGGACACGGAACCCCCCUCGGCACCGGCAACAACCACACGGAAGCGGGAAUUUCUCUAGCCCAGGAUUUUGGAGCGCCAUCAGAGUGACAAUAGUGAAUACUAGGGUCACGGAGAUGACGCUCCAAAUUCAAACAUCCUUCAGCCGGGCUCCAAUUGCUCUCCUUUUUAACGCGACUGAGCAAUUUUGGGCAAUACACUGUUAAAUAAAUUCAUUAGGGAAUCGUAUGUGACCAAUUUUAGAUCAAGAGAGACUACCAAGAGAUUCCUUUGCUAUAUAAGAAAAUCAAGUAAUAGUUGAAAAGUCUGGGAUGAGCGUGUGAAGGGCAUGUUUAUUGGAAAAGUACAAAAGAAUGGCAAAAUAUUGGAAAGAUGUGAAGUUAUUUUUUUUUUAUUUUCUGAAUAUUUAAUUCAAAACAAAUUGAAAAUCUAUCUAAUUAAUAAAUUCUUCUAUUUCUAAAAAAUAUUUUGAACGUCUUCCAAAAACGCUCUUUUUUUUAUUAUUGCUUUUACACGUGAAAUUUCAAUAAAUUGGUCUCUAUAUGUUAUGUUUAGGUAUUUAGUGACGUGUAUGUAGGAUACCAAAUUUUUGCCAUUCUUGUACAAUCUUUCAAAUAUAAUAUAGGUACCUAUACCACAAUAACAGAAUAUUCCAUAUCAUUUCAUUUCCUGUAGAUAUUGUAAACAAAUUUCUUUUUAAAUAAUUUUUUAUCAAACGAUUAAAAAAUAUUUGGCAUUUCUAUAAUUGCCAUACACACAAAACAAAUCAAAUUAAAAAAAAGAAACUACCCCAGAAAAAACGAAUUAGUUUUUAAGCAAAUUCAAAACUUGGUGGUAGUAAAUUCAUUUAAAUUAAAAUUCUCUUUGUUAGUUUUUUAUUAUUUUUUUAAGAUUGCGUGGACAAAUAUGGAGCCUGCCAUUUUUAAACAAAUUAUAUAUACUACAAUAAAAUUGUAUAAACAAACGACGAAUAUACAAUGUAGAUAUGGAGAACGUAUCCAUUUGAGCACUAUUGUACAGCUAUUUGUGGGGAAAAAUACACACGAAAAAAAAUCGUAGCAAAAAUUAUUGAAUGCCAACAGUCGGCCUUUAGCUACCUACCAAUUUAGUUGAAAUACGACAAAGAAAAAGAUAGUUGAGACGUCUUAGGCAUUAUAUAGAAGAAUAUUUGCAAUUUGAAAGAAAAUAUUCUAAAAGAUACACAUCAAUCUGGGCAUGAGAUGUAAGAUGCUUAAAUUUUCAAACUGAAAGCAAUUGCUCUUUUAUCUGAAAGAGGGUAUCAAUAAAAAAAAGGAAAUUAGAUAAUCGCCUUAUAUUGUCGGCCAAUUUGCACUGAAUACUGAUAUUAUUGUAUUAUACAAAAAAUACAUUUUCAUGUCGCGCAAUUAAGUUUUUUUCCCUUUCGAUAUUGGUGUCAGCAGAUUGUGGAAGAAACUAUAAAUUUAUUGAUUGUGAUUAGAUAGUGAAUUAUUAACAAAAAAAGGUCCACAAAAAGCUCUCUUGCUUUGAAUCUUAACAAUAAAGUGAAAUUUAAAUUAAAUUUUUUAUUAGGUGUGUCCCAUAUAAAAUGCAACAUUUUAUGAUUUAAGUUAGAAUAAUAUUUCAAGACUGAUUAAUUCAUGUAAAAUUACGAUGCAAUUUUAAUUUACUUUUAACCCUUCUUUUCAAUUUUUGUAAAAAAAAAAAAAGAAUUUGCUUUGAAUUUUAAAAAUUUAUGGUCUAAGGAAAUCUCUGCAAAGCUUAGCACGUUUGGAGCUUUUUCCUCACAGGUCUCAAGUCACAGACAUAGUAUCUCCAGAUGACUCAAUAACCAAAAGAAAUUUUGGAGGAAAAUGUCGUGAUUUUAGUAUCAAAAUUGAGGGAAAAUGUGCUAAAUUUCGUUGGGACUUAGCCAAUAACAUUGGAAAAUUUGUUCGCUCCUCUUUUGCUGGUGUAACAGAGCUUUUAGGUUGUUUCUUUUAUUAAAAUUCUAUGCUUUAACAAAUUUACUAGUUCGUAUUGUUCUAAUCAUGUUAAGUGUAUUAAGUUUUAGCGGAAUCGGUUCGUGUUUAGUUCAUCAACAUAUACAUACUCUAUCCUACCGAUGUUUUUCAAUACUUCCAAGUCAAGGAAAAAAGGAGUUUAUUCAUUGAUACAUGAACCAAUAAAUCUUAUUCCAGGAAAGAAUUAAGAUAAUUCGAUAAUUUAUGCCAAAGUAUUUUAAUACUUCAUGCACUGAAAGCAAGAAAAAGCAAAACAGUGACAUCAUUAUUUGAAUUUUUACCUUUUUUUAUUUUCUUCAAAAACUAAAAGUCUCUCUUUGAAGAUUUCUAAUUCUCUUUGAUCAUCUACAAGAUUAAGUAUUUCAGGAUUGUUUCCUCAAUUAAGCAAUUUACUCAUAUGCAAAUGAAUAAUCUCUUUCCAUAAUUUUCUUCAGGAAAAUCUUUGACGAUCUAUUUUUGAGUGUGAUUGUAUUGUGUUUUUACAAUAUAUUUCAUUUAAAAAAAAAUCACAAUGAUGAAUUUGCUUAACCAAUUGUUUUGUCAACUAUAUUAUGCACUUAAUUUGGGACAUCCAAUAAAUUUGUAUAGGCAUUAUUGGAAAAAAAACUAAGGAUAUUGAUACACUAUAGGAUGAAUUAUAUACAAGAGAGAUAAAUUGUAAAUUAAAAAUAAAAAAAAUACUAUCUGGAAGCUGUGCUACCCACUUUUUAGAGCUUUUUUCAAUUUAUAUACAUCGCCUCCAUUGGAUGAUGAUGAGAAUAAUAUACUUGUAAAUAACUCGAUGAUAUUGAAUGAUUGUGAAAAUUAUUGCGGCUUUGUCAUAAAUAAAAAAAAACGAUGCCAUUUAUAUACACUUCCUAUUAUCCUCUCCUCUCCUUUUUUUCCAAUUUCUCCUCUUUAAUUAUCUGUGAUAACAUUUUAAAAUGCAAACACUUUCAAUACCUUCCGCAAUGAUUCAUGAAUAUUUCCGUAUCACAAUAACUUUUUCAAAAUAAAUAAAUCAAAUGUAAACUGAAGGAUAUUAUACAUAAUAUACAUUUUUUUUUUCAAACAAUCAGACAAAAAAAUGGGCUGCAAAAUAAGGAUGUUGCUGUAAAAUGUCUUGUAUAUAAACAAAAAAAUAAAUAAAUAAAUAAAAAGAGGAGGAAAAAUAAAAAAAUGUAUAAAGAGAUUUUAGAGGAAGGACUAUAAAAUGAAUGACCACAUUAAAAUGCAAUACCACACUUUGAACAUAUAUACUUAUUACCUCUAUUUCUAAUGAUCAUACAAAAAAAAUUAGCAAAUAAAUUGAAAAAUUAGACCGUUAUUGAUAAAUUUAUAGUUUUCAAUCGGUGAUGAAACUUUAUCGGUAGAGAAAAGAUGUAGAGAAUGGGAUGAUAGAACCAUACUAGAGAGACAUAGAGUACAACGUCUAGGAUGACUUGUAAGUUCCGUGUCUGUGUACAUAAAUUUUUGCUUUGUGAAAGACAGAAGAAUUAGGAAUAAUUUGUAAAUAAUAAAACUGCCUAAAAACGUGUAUGAAAAUAUAGUCAAAAAAUAUUAUGCGAAAAAAAAUCAGGUUUCACAUAGAAACAAUCACAUUUUUCUAGGUGAGAAAAUGCAACAUAAAAGCAGUCAAAGUGAUAAAGGAUUUAAUGUUUCAUCACCGUGUGUCAUUGUUAAGAUAUUAUCAUUUUUUAUGGCGCUAUUGAAUGAAUUAUUAAUGAAUUUAAUCGGAAAAUUUCAAAUUAAUUCGCUAUAUGCAUUCAAUUGGGAAAAAAAAUUGAGCAAUUACUGAUGAAGAGAAUACAAAGAGUAGCCUAAAAAUGCUCACUUUUAAUUAAUUUUAAUGAAGAUCACUCAAUCGGGUUUGAAAAAAAAAGAUAAAGAGGAGAUUGUAGUGGAUAUUAGUACAUGACAUUAUCGAUAACUUGCACGUUUUGUUAAAUUAAAAAUAUUAAUUCUAAAAAUAAAAAUCUUGUUAAUAAAAAAA